CAGAAGGUAGAUAGGACGCCGGGCAGCACCAGGACAGGCAGGAGUCUGACUCAGGAGAUCUUCAAGAUGGUGAGCUCCAUGCUGCCUGGGAUGAUUCUCUUCGGCGGGGCGCUCAUCUUCUGCAUCGUGCAGUUAUGCCUGGCCCAGAGGUCAUCGCGAAAUGGCUCCCAACUGGCUUGCUGCCAGUUCAACAAUGUGUAUGUACUGGACCUCAAUGACUACACAACAAGAUCACCAACUCCUUUAAGACGCCGGACAAGUCUGUUACCUGGCUUGCGUAGUUCCACUGAAAACCAGCUCCUCAGAAAGCAAAACUAAAGUGUCUAGCAUCAUCAUUUACUAAAACAAAAAUAAGUCCUACCCUUUUGGGCUUGUGUAUCCCAGGAUUUUCCCCCCUUCCUACUAAUCUGAGAAAAAUGUCUGUUUCAGGGCUUGUACUCAGCACUUUACUCCUCUGUUCCAGGGCUGGGGGCGUAGCUCAGAAGCUGCACACCUGGUCUAGCAUGCUUGAGGCACCGAGUUGAUCAUAGGAGUUCAAGAUGGAGUCACGUGACCUGGAAGUCAUGUGGUGUGGAACCCACCAGAGUCUUGGUGCACAUCCGUGUCCUACCCUGCCUGUGAGCUUGAGGGAUGGAGGAGGAAAUAAAUACCCACUCACCCCAUUUUCACUGUCAGUCACCU